AUGGGAUUCACUGCUCCUGGUAUAAACACUCUGCCACCUGAUGUGCCAGACAUCGACACUCUCAAGAAGCUCAUAGCAGAUGCAAGAAUAGAUGAAAUAGACAGAAGAAUAUCAGAUCCCACAUCAAGCAGUGAUAAACACCUUGUUACAUGGCUCAAGUCUAAAAGACAACAAUUAAUAAACACUCGGGUACUCGGUCACAGCACCUCAAUUUCAGGGACUCUACUCUCAAGUAAGGUGUACAUUCCUGUUCAAGAGUUUCCAGAAUGUAACUUUAUUGGAUUGAUCCUGGGUCCAAAAGGAUCUACACAGAAACAACUUGAAAGAAUCACAAAAUCAAGAAUAUACAUUCGAGGAUCAUACAAAGACAAACACAUGGAGCCAUUACACUGCUAUAUCACUUCAGAAACUCAAGAAUGUCUUGAAAAGGCAAUCACUGUCAUAGAAAACCUCAUAGAAGAAUCUGUGUUAUUUGGAGACAACAAUAAACUAAAAGCUUUGCAACUGCAAACAAUAAACAGUCACAAAGGAAUCGAUAAUAAAUCAAUAAAUCCUUGGAAAAGAUUCUAUUGCUGGUGGAUAUAUCACAAUAGAACUCAUCAGUAA